AUGCAUUGCACCAACUGUAACAAAAAGGGGCACACCGCUCAAUUUUGUAAAGCUCCAGUCCAACAAAACACACAAGCUGCCAACGCAGGAGCAAGUCAAACCUGCUAUGGUUGUGGAGAGGCAGGACACUUCAAGCGGAACUGCCCAAAGGCAAGAAACCCCAACACUGGUGGAGUGGGCAGAGUUCUAGCGAUAGGUCAUGAGGAAGCAGUUGCAUACCCAACUCUGGUCACCAAUACGUUUCUCCUCAACAAUACAUAUGCAUGCAUUCUUUUCGAUAGUGGCGCGGAGAAAAGCUUCGUGAGCCAUCAAUUUAAACGCCUACUUAAACAAAAACCACAUAUACUAAAAGAGACAUUCACCGUAAAAAUGGAUAAUGGAAAAACAGAAAACACUAACAACAUUUACAUUGGGUGUACUCUUACCAUAAACAAUCACUCUUUCCAAAUCGACCUGAUGCCGGUCACCAUAAAACGUUUUGAUGUCAUCAUUGGCAUGGAUUGGUUGUGCCCUCACCAUGCCGAAAUCCUAUGUCACGAAAAGGCUGUUCACCUUAAUCUGCCGAGUGGUGAAACUCUCUUCGUCUAUAGCGACAAACCCAAUUCAAACUUUCAGAUCAUUUCGUGUGUCAAGGCCCAAAAGUACCUCCGCAAGGAGUACCACGCCUUCCUAGCCAACGUCGUGGAUAAGAAUCAAGAAGCUAAAAACAUAAAGGAAAUUUCGGAGGUCUGUAAUUUCCCUGAUGUAUUCCCGGAAGACCUUCCAGGAGUGCCCCUUGCUAGACAUGUCGAAUUCUGA